GCCAUCCUCAUCUCCGGCGAGUCCGGCGCGGGCAAGACGGAGACGACGAAGUUCGUCAUGCGCUUUUUGGCGUGCGUGUCGUCCGGCGCGACGUCCUUCGAGGCCGUCGGCGCCGCGGGCAUCGAGGCCAGAGUAUUGAGCACGAACCCGCUCACGGAGUGCUUCGGCAACGCGCGGACGCGGCGCAACGACAACUCGAGCCGCUUCG